GACGAUUUUGACUAUCGAGAUGCUACCUUACCGGAGGGUAUCGUCGAUAGCCAGGUUAUUAAAAGUCCCAUCCCAGUCUCGUCACGCCAGCCAAGCAGCGACGGGCGCUCGUUUGAACAAACCAAUCGAGUACAAGAAGACACCAAUCCUACAUCAAUCACAACAAAGCGCGAGAUCCGCGUUUGACCUGUCCCAGGAUGCUCCGGUCGACUGGCAGAACCUCCACGGUGCUAUCAAUACAUCCCUGCAUCAUGCUCUGAAGACAGAUGAAAACGUUCUCCUGUUCGGUGAGGACGUGGCCUUUGGCGGAGUCUUCCGCUGCUCCAAGGGAUUAGCCGACGAGUUCGGCACAGGUCGAGUCUUCAACACCCCUCUCUCUGAGCAAGGCAUCGUAGGCUUCGCAGUUGGCUGUGCGGCCGAAGGCAUGAAGCCUGUCGCGGAAAUCCAGUUUGCAGAUUACGUGUACCCUGCCUUUGACCAACUGGUCAACGAGGCUGCCAAAUUUCGAUACCGAGAAGGCGGAACAGGUGGCCAUUGUGGCGGCCUCGUUGUCCGCAUGCCCUGUGGAAGUGUCGGGCACGGCGGACUCUACCACUCCCAGAGCCCGGAGUCAUUAUUCACGCACGUUCCUGGGCUAAGAGUGGUGAUGCCGCGGUCGCCAUCACAAGCUAAAGGUCUAUUGAUAUCCUCCAUCCUCAACUCAAAUGACCCAGUCAUCUUCAUGGAGCCGAAGAUCUUGUACCGCGCCGCUGAAGAAUUUGUCCCUCGCGAUGCAUAUACCCUGCCACUCGACAAGGCCGAUGUCCUCAAGAAGGGCAAGGACCUGACUGUUAUAUCGUACGGCCAACCGCUAUAUCUCUGCUCUGCGGCUAUCGAAGCCCUUGAGAAAGACAUCAAAGGACUAAGCAUUGAGUUGAUUGACCUGAGAGCAAUAUAUCCUUGGGAUCGACCCACAAUCAUGGAAAGCGUCAACAAGACAGGCCGAGCGGUCGUUGUACAUGAGAGCAUGUACAAUGCUGGAGUUGGAGCCGAGGUCGCAGCGAGUAUCCAAGAAGGUGCAUUCCUCCGCCUCGAAGCUCCGGUCGGUCGAGUGACAGGCUGGAGCACUCAUCCUGGCUUGAUUUAUGAAAAGUUUAACGUUCCAGAUGUAACCAGAAUCUACGAUACCAUGAAGAAAACUCUUGAGUUUUGAAAGGGACUCUCCUAUUUAACCUCUGCAACAACUACGGGAGAAGGCAGGCCACUGCCUUUUGGCUUCAGCGGCAGAUAUUUUACAAGUCCGUCUGUAAGUCGGGUGCUCAAGGACAUAGACACGAACGUGGGGCAUACAAUUUUGAGCGUUCCGUUGCUCAAACUGGCGCGCUCUAAAGAAGACAGUCUAUGGGACGUCUGGCGCCCCGGGAAAGGGUGUCUACUUCAGCUUGGUGUAACGCAUCAACUGAUGUAACCUCAAGGUCCGUUUACAGAGCUGAGCACACCUGAGUGCAGUCCGUCUCCAUAACUGGGUAUGACGCGAGUUGAAACAACCCGGCUUCAACAGGAUCGGCUUCACAUUUGGAAUGGAGAGAAUACCCCUGAAUUACAGCCAAUACUAUUCUGACACAAGAGAUAUCUCGCCAGGAAUGCAUCGAUUGCUAGGUAAGGACAUUUGGCCGAAUCCCGACGGGGAAAAUGUCCAUCUACGCUGUCAGAAUCAAGGGUCACGCGAGACGCCUAUGAUGUGAGGACACGUGCGAAGAUUAGACAAUGAUAUACCUGUAUAUACUCAACUGAAGUCUAC